AUGGAGCUGGAGAGACUGGAGCCGCUGGACUCUUGGCUGACCUUAGGAACCCAGCAGAGCUGGCUGGAGUGCCCUGAAAACGUGUGCAAGUCCAUCAAGCUGGCGCAGAAGUCGUUGUCGCAGGGUGAGGUGCUCCUGAGGCUUCAGAUUUCCACAAGGCUCCCCAGCCCGCCUGAAGAGCUCUUCCCUCCUCCAGAGCUGGUGGAGAGUGUGGGGCGGCUGACACCCGACCCUGCACACCUCUUUGCAGACAUCCGAGUGGUGGAAUCGAUCGCGCCUGGUCAGGCGACGGUUCAGCUGACCGUUGAUCCCAACAACUUGUGGUUCAAGACGCUGGCCGCCAACUCCCCCGCACUGACCUCUGAUGAGGUGUUGCAGCCUCACCCAGGGUGCCUUGUAGUGCGAAGGUCCCCAAGCCCGCAAGGCAGCUGUACCAUGUUGGUAAGUUCACAGGCCUCGCACUAUCUGAGCACAGCUGUGACUGUGUCACCUGACCCGCAAGAUGCGAGCAAAACGCUUAUCACCCGCCUUAUAGCGGCGCCUACGGACUGUGCGUACUUCCGCCUCAAGCACCUUGCUCGGAUGUCCUUGUCUCUGGCUGGAGCAGCUUGGUUGGGAUGGGUCUUUGGUGCGGAGAUGUGCGCUGCUCGCGUGGCCAUGAAGAGUUUCUAUGUCAUCCUCUCCAUAGAGAGCUGCAACUACGGACCUCCACUGCUGCCACGCACGGCGGGUGCAAAGCCCUUUGUUGCAGAACACUGGGAGCGCGCACCAGCAGAAGGACAUUUCGCAGCUUACCUCCACGACUUCUUGCGGGCUUUGGGCUUGGGUGUCGAGGUCUUCUGUUCUGUAGACGGCAAGCAGCUUACCCAGAAUCAGGCGAUGCUCCGUAGGCACGAAUGGGAGAAGGCUUUGCCCAUCUUCCUGCCCAUGUUCCAGAUGUCCACCAUGGCCUACCGAAGGUUGAGCCCCCAUGGGGCCGGCGAGCCGCCCAAGCUACUGGAGGACGAGGAAGCGACUUUCUGCCCAUGA